CCUGUCAUUUAGCAGAACAACAUUUGGAAUUUUGACGCGAGAGACGAUGUUGGACUUCUUCGCUAUUUUCAGCAAAGGUGGUCUAGUCCUUUGGUAUUUCCAAGGAACCUCCCAACUUUUUACACCAUCUAUCAACUCCUUGAUCAAGACCGUCCUCUUACAGGAGAGAAGUGGUAACAACUCCUUCACACACGAUGCUCUGACGUUGAAAUAUAAACUUGACAAUGAGUUUGAGAUGGUGUUUGUGGUGGGUUACCAAAAAAUACUACAGUUAUCAUACAUUGAUAAGUUUCUGAGUGAUAUCCAGUUGGAGUUUCGUAACAAGUACAAAGAUGAUAUCCAGAACGGCAAGAUGUCGCGGAAUUUAGACUUCAGUGCUGAUUUUCACCGCAUGUUGAAACAGUCUGAGGAGGAGAGUCGUGUGGAGAAAGUUGGAAGACCUAUGAGAAGAUUUGAGGAUUCUAAAAAAUCUCAAAAAACUAUAUCAUCAAUGGUUGAGAAAAAAAAUGAAGAGAAGAAGUCAAGCAAGGCCAAAGGGAAAGAAAACCAACCUGUAAAAACUGUUACUAUUAAAGAACCAGAGAUAGCACAAGAAACAGCUCCUGUCACCAAUGGGACACUGGAUGAAGAAACACUGAGAAAGAACAGGGAAAAAUUCUUUGAGAAAAUGCAAGGUGGCAAGAAACCAAAGACCAGCCCUAAAACCAACACUCCAGAGGGGAAAAAGAAAGGAAAAGUUGGUCGUGUUUGGGAAGGGGCUGGUACUAACAAGGAUAUGAAGAAUCUGGACUUUAGCAAUGCCAACGGCGACAGUAGCAAGAUUCCAGACGAAGAAGUCGUGCCAACAAUGGCUGAGCGGUCCCUGGUGGGGUCCAUGAAGGGAAGUAUCAAGGACAUUGAGGAGGAUGAAGUGGAAGAGGAGAUCAACUACGAGGAGGAGCUGAACCAGACAUCAUCUAAAGUAAACUCAAAAGGUAGUACAAAGUCUGGUGGAUCUGGGAUGUUCAGUAUGUUUAAGAAUCUGAUCGGAUCAAAAACCCUCACCAAAGAAGAUCUGGACACUGCCCUUGAUAAAAUGAGGGAGCAUCUUGUAGCCAAAAAUGUAGCCUCUGAUAUUGCUGCAAAGCUUUGUGAUUCUGUAGCAGCAAAACUCGAAGGACGAGUGUUGGGAACUUUUAACACUAUUGCCCACACUGUGAAAACGGCUCUGAAUGAGUCUUGUGUGCAGAUUUUACUGCCAAAACGACGUAUAGACAUUCUUCGUGAUGCUAUGGAGGCCAAACAGCAGAAGAGACCCUAUACCAUCACCUUCUGUGGGGUAAACGGUGUCGGAAAGUCAACUAAUCUGGCUAAGAUUUGUUUCUGGUUGGUUGAGAAUGGGUUUCGUGUUCUGAUCGCGGCAUGUGAUACAUUCCGUGCGGGCGCUGUGGAACAGUUGAGGACACAUACACGUAAACUGAAUGCACUUCAUCCCAACGUACAUUCUGAUGGCCAGCACAUGGUGAAGCUGUAUGAAAAAGGCUAUGGCAAGGAUGCUGCUGGCAUAGCUAUGGAAGCCAUUAAUUAUGCACGAGACUACCACAUUGACAUUGUUCUGAUAGACACCGCUGGACGUAUGCAGGACAAUGAGCCUCUAAUGAGAGCUUUAUCUAAGUUAAUCCGAGUGAACCAGCCGGAUCUGGUUCUGUUUGUAGGUGAGGCUUUGGUUGGAAAUGAGGCUGUAGAUCAGCUGACCAAGUUUAACAAGGCACUCAUUGAUCACUCCAGUAGUGAUAUCCCUCGUGUCAUUGACGGCAUCAUUCUUACUAAGUUUGAUACAAUUGAUGACAAGGUUGGAGCGGCUAUUUCCAUGACAUACACCACCGGUCAACCCAUUGUGUUUGUAGGCACUGGACAGACAUACACAGAUCUACGUAACCUUAAUGCUAAGGCUGUGGUCAGUUCUCUCCUCAAGUGACCUCUCUGAAUGACCCCAAACUAGUGGUCACAUGACUGUUGAAACAGUACAGUGUUCACUCUCAUCUUUGAUAUUAUGUUUUUAUCAGUAGUUUGUGAUUUCUACUACAAACAUGGUAGCUUUGGACAAACAACUUUAACAUUUAGGAAGAUGUCAUCACCUUGAUUAUACUUAUGUUUAUUUUGUAACAAGCCUAGGGAUUCUGAACAUUACCUCUGAAAGGUGGGUAGAAGGAGGGGAUCAGGUGCUUCACAGGAUUGGA